AUGUCCUCCGCACUUGGUCGCCCUGUCCGUGUCGGAGUCUUUGAGCACGACCCCGAUGCGUUCAAGUGCUUCCGAAAUCUUCCCCAUAAAACGUGCACCCGACCCGGCGGCGAGAUGGAAAUUGUGGAAAUGGUGAUGAAACUGCUGAACUGGGACUGGGAGGUGGUAGACACCGACAAGUCCUUCAACGUCGUCAAUGAUUUUGGGAACCUAAUGGAUGACGGGAAUUUCUCCGGAAUUAUGGGCCUGCUCGCCGAGGACAAGAUUGACAUGAGCGGCCUGUCAAUUAGAAUCACGCCGGAACGGAUGAAAGUGGCCCACUUCACAUUUCCCAUUCGCUAUUUUCAGCAAGUCUACAUCAUCAGCCGGCCGCCCGAAUCCGAUUUUCGCAAUUUCAUUUUUUCGACGUUUUCGCUAGAAAUUUGGCUGCUGCUGCUGGGGGCGAUAAUUUUGGUGGCGUCAUUUCGCUUUUUGGUCAACGUCUUCUUUCUGCAUCAUGAAGGCCCAAAAACGUCGAUUGGAACGAGAAGCCUUUUGGAAGUUUAUGCGAUGGUGGUACGUCAGAAGACGCCGCUGAUUAUUGAGCUGUAUUCAGGCGUUAUCCUCGACGGCACAAUGAUCCUCCUCACCAUGGUCAUGUAUAUUUAUUAUCAAUCGUCGAUGAAUUCGAAAUUGACCGCUCCGAGUGUCGCAGCAGUCCCCUUUCGGCAUCAGGAUCAGUUGAUAGACCUCCUCGAGCACCACAAAAAGUAUCUAACCUACUAUAUGGAUGUCCCGCUGGAGGGCUCAAAUCGAAAGAACGUCCGGAGGUUGAAGAAAAUACAGAAUACCAGUCGCAUCGUGACGCACAUGGACGAAAAAGGGCUGAUUAUGGAGAUGAAAAAAGGCGGUGUUUUCUACUCGACCUAUGACAUUGAAUUUCUUCCCAAUGCUGUUAGUUCUUGGAAUAAGGAACAAGAGCUUACCGUAAUCCGGGACACCACAGGGAUUAUUAGCUAUGUUGCCUUUGGCUUUAGUAAAAGUAAUAAGCGACUUUGUAAUAGAUUUAAUAAAGCACUCGUCCAAGUAUUACCCGGAAUCCCUCGAAUUACCUUGCGACCUGGAUACGGUAGAAAGAAAGACGCUGAAGAUUCGAUGGUAAAAGCAAAGCGGACUUCCCUAUCUUUGGUCAAGCAUUUGGAGCAGCUUUUUGAGCUUUACGUCAUAGGAAUGUGCUGCUGUGUCCUCGUAUUACUCCUCGAACAUGUUGCCAACCGCUUUUGGAGGAGUCGUCGGGAGCAAACUUAUGUCAUCACCGGCUCCGAGACGAAUCUCGACAAGUUGAAGGACUUGGUUAGAAAGAUGUCCACCUCGACCCUUCGCCGAAUUGACCGCCUGGAUUCCACGCAAACUGCCCAAGAUUCUCAGCGAGAAUUCCACCAAGAGCUGCCGGCAAUUCCGGAAGAUGACGAUUUGGAUGAUUCGAUUUUCACAAUAUCACCUACUCGGUUU